ACUGGCCCUUCAAACAAACAACAAUAAACAACAGCGCCUCUCUAUUUUCUCUGCUAAAUUUAAGGAUUUUAAUUUUUUUUUUCUCUUUAUAAAUUUCAAAACAAUCUUCACGUUUUUCCUAUUUUUCCGAUUUGAAAGCCAAGAAAAAAAGGUCAACAAUGGGACAUAAUCUCCGGCGGAAUUUUCCGGUACCGGUUCCGUCUUCGGAUCCGUUAUUGGAUCGUCUAAAUGAGUUCACUCAGUUGAACUCGGACUCUUCUUCCUCUGGUGUAACCAUUGAGAGCUUCCGAGAUCCUACUGCAAAUGCCACACCGCAGGGUCAAACUAUGGUUUGGACCAACGAGAAGCACAACUCGUAUCUUGAGUUCUUAGAAACAUCAUUUGCCGAGCAGUUGCAUUAUUCUAUGAGAUCGCGAGGCUGUUAUCCACGGGAGGAAAUGUGGGAGCCAUGUCCAGCCCCACAACUGCCUGCCAAAUUUUCGGUUCUCCAAGAUGGCUGCUACCUGAAGAGCAAUGACCCGUUGUUGGAUAGCACUGCUGAUUCUAGUGAUAUCCUGGCGAAUCCAUUACAUUAUUCUACAUCUGCAGCCAAAAGCAGCUCAGCAACAUUUCCUUUUUCGAGAAAAACUGCGGUUCCCAAUGUCAGAAUCUGCUCGAGAAGUAAUACGAAUUUGGGUGCCUGCACUACUGAGGUCUCAGAUCAGAAUUUUGUGGAUGAAAAGCUAAGAGAAAAAACCAGCUGUGUUUCCGGGGCAAAACGCUUGAAGAUGAUGCCGAUGCUUGAUGCUUCAAGUAACGGUCAAGUAAGGUUUCGCCGCUAGGAAAAUUAAACUCGGUAGAUGACUCAAUCUUAAGCCAUACAUCUGCAAAAAGAGGAAUAAAAAAGAAAUAGCUGUCAGGCCACACCAAGAGCUUCACCUGCCGAAAGUCCAACAUACAAUACUUCCUAAUGGAGAGUUCAAUUUCUACUAAUGAACAGGGAAAAAAAAUCAAUGAUACUUAUUUUUGGCCGUGAAUAAAUUCGGCAAUUUCUUGCUCAGUGCUCGGUUGCCGAAAAACGCUGGGAGAGAAUACAGUGCAAAGAAUUGAUUGAUGAUUUUGCAGUUAGAAGAUUUUGCAUAGAUUUAAGAUAGAAUUCUUUUGUUCUUUUUCUUCUCUUCAUUAUUAGAUCCGCGCUGCAAUUUUAUACCUAACUUGCAUUCUAAGCUAUCAUUUGCCGUGUAUCCGAAGUUUAUGAUAUUAUGCAAGCCGGUUGGCUAUUAGUGAUCUGUUUAUGCUUUAGAUAGGCACAAUGAAUAUAUACCUUAGAUCCGGAUGCUCCAA